UUUUAAAUUAAUAUUUCCGGACGGAAAAACUGACUAAUUUUAAUCGUUGUAGGAAGAAAGUGGAGAGGGUGUACUAAUAAAAUAAAUGAACUUGAAAAUGGACCAAAAUAUGCUUUAUGAAUUGGACCCAGUGUCGUGCAGUUCAAGUCCUCACAACAGCGCCAUGACGGCGCUUCGCCUGCUGCGCAGCUAUAACCAUUUCGUGGUACCACCGGAUGCUCGAGGGAUGGUACCACUGCUCGCGUCCCUACCACCGCCGUGCCUACCAUCCUACUGUCAACACUUACCACUUUGCUCGCCAAGUAUUAUCCCGAACAUCACAGUCAGCGAUGCGGAAGCGCGCCGCAGAGGUGAGAAGAGGCCCAUCCCCGCCGAGAUGAAGGACGAGAAGUACUUCGAGAGGCGGAGGCGCAACAACCAGGCGGCCAAGAAGUCCCGCGACGCGAGGAGGAUGCGGGAAGACCAGAUAGCAUGGCGCGCUUGUCUGUUGGAGCAAGAGAACGCAUCGCUCCGUGCGCACAUCAACGCACUGCGCCAAGAAACGCUCGCGUUACGCGCACUGCUGGCCGCCAGGGACGAAGCACCAGCGCCCACCUCUACCACGACCGAUUAGAAAGAAAGAAAUAAACGAAAGAAAAGAAAGAAAGAAAGAAAAACGUUAAUUUUUUUUAAAAGUUGUGUCACAGCCCACUAGUUACACAGUCCGACAAGGCUCUUUUGGCACUUGAGUGAGGGCGCAGUUGUAGCUUUAUGCCGACACCA